GCUCAAAGCUCACCAAAAUGUGGCCCAGAGUAGCCACAUCAGCAUUCACCAACACAAGUUGGAAUUCCUCAGGCAAUCCCUGUAUCAAGAAAGAAGCAAGAUCGCAACUUUGGGCCGACACAAAUCUGUCAACCUCGAUAUUUAUUUUUUUCUAGUCUUCUCUUUUGUUUUCCCGUCACGUCUUUCGGUGAAAAGAUCAAGUACCUGGCCGGCAGGGCCACAUGCAUAGUUGCUGCACGCUCGUCGCACCUCAUCCGACCAAACAGCUGCGCAGCUGUUUGCGACCGCUUUUUUUCCAGUGGAAACCGAAUCAGAUACCUACUCCCAGCAAGAAUCCCAUAACCCUCCACAGCGCACGGCGCUCUCUACCCAACACAGCACCCCCAAAGCGACGAUAAACUCCACACAGGGGGUUUAUCGAUUUUUUUCUUUUCCGGUCAGCAUGUCGAACUACUACGGCGCACCCAACAAUCAAGCAUACAGGCCCUCGUCAGCCCAGAACCUCCAGUUCUACCCCUCCACAUACUCGCCCGGCGUCGGCGGCAGCGCACAACCACAACAAGCAGGCUACGGCGGAUACGGAGCUCCCCCCGCGCAACAAGGCGGCGGCUAUGGCGUCUCGUCGGGUGCUGGUUUCAACUCGGGCUUUGGCGCCGCCGCGGGGGUGUCGGGGCGCAUGGGCGAGCAGGGAGGCUUGAGGACGGGGCUCUUGGCGGCCUUCUCCACCGAAGGUUACGAGGGUGAGCCGCCGCUGUUGGAGGAGCUUGGAGUGAACUGGGAUCACAUAUGGACAAAGACACUCGCCGUGCUCAACCCCUUCAAGCGGAUAGAUCAACACCUCAUGGACGACUCAGACCAGGCCGGACCGAUACUGUUCUUCAUCCUCUUUGGUUUCUUCCUGCUCUUCUCCGGCAAGCUUCACUUUGGCUACAUAUACGGCCUCGCCGCCCUGGGAUCCAUCGGCCUGCACCUCAUCCUCUCCCUAAUGUCACCCAGCGACGGACCCCACUCCUCCGCUCCCGGCGCCGCACCUCCUUACUCGUCGUCGCCCGCAUACCCAGACGCCCCCGGCUCUGCUGUGUCGGGCGGCGGCCCCGGCCAGCAGGCGGGCGGCCACCUCUCCAGCACGCUGACCAUCGGUCGCUCGGCGUCCGUUCUCGGAUACUGCCUGCUACCGCUUGUGGGGACGUCGGCCAUCGGCGUCGUCGUGCCCAUGGACACGCCCUUUGGCAUCGUCCUGACCGCCUUUGCCAUCAUGUGGUGCACGUACAGCGCCUCGGGCAUCUUUGUCGCCGUCGGCCGCAUGCGCGGUAUGCGCGGUCUGGUUGCAUACCCGCUCGCUCUCUUCUACGUAGGCUUUGGCAUCAUGAGCAUCUUUAGCAGCCGCGGCAGUGGGUCCAUGGCUAAGCUGGCCGACGCUUCGUCACGUGCUGCUGCGUGAGCAAAAAUCUGUGUUGGGAGGGAGGGUUUUGAAAUGGAAAGCAGAAAAAAAAAGACAUCAGACUUGGGAAGACUAGCUAUAGCUCGAUGGUUGUCGGAGGAGUUUUCAAUGCCCUCGAAAUUAUCCGAGCAAAUCAUGGGACAAGUAGCAGCGACCUACCAUCUGGGGUCUCAAUUGCUCACUUGUCCGCUCGAAGGGGGGAUAGAGCUCUUGUGGGGAGGUGCCUAUGAUGUGUGACCUAUUAUGUGUGAAGGCGCUGCGGCUAGAAGGGCAGACAUCAUUUGCAAAGUAUUGGCGGGCUUGGCGCGCGCAAGAUGAGGGGAGCUCUGGCUCAUCAUAUAUUCUACACCAAGCCGGCGACAGGCGAGUUUUGACUCAUGUACUUUGUAUAGAAAAAGCGUUGCUAGCUCUGGUGGAUGAUACAAAUGAGAUAUCAUAUCAUUCACGUUCCAAAGAUGCCAACAUUCUGCCGUGA